AUGACCACCAAUUCGGAAAUCAAGGCAAAAGUCCAAUCGAGCCAUAAACUUCCUCCCGCCUCACAAGCUUUAGAAGAGGAGGAGAAGAAAGAUGAGGAGCAAGCUGCCGAGUCCGUUGAAACUACUCCCACAAAAGAAGCACCUUCCGCCGAGGAAAAUGCUUUCUGGGAAGCGCUAGAGGAUCUCGUCGACGACAUCUUCGAGCGAGCGAAUAAAUCAUACGUCAGUGGCGAAACUAUCGAGCCAGUAAUGCAGGAACUAGAAGCGUGGAUCCCUGCGGCCAAGAUUUUGAAGUGGAAGUCGUUGAUCAAGGAGAUGAAAGGUAGAGAGGAGGAAUGUAUGAAGAGAGUUUUGGAGGCGGUUGAUCGCGCGGAAUGUGUUUUUCUCAAGGCCAGGAAGAUGGGGAUUGUGUUUGGGGGGAGGGAUGGGGAGGAUGCUGGGGAGAAGUAG